AAAAUUCAAUCCUCCAUAUCAUUGAACUUAAGAGGGCAAAAUUGUAAUUAAUCCAAAAAUAAGCGGCCAGGAACCGCGGGUGCAGAGUAUGAACGCUGCGACCCACAACACCUUCCAAUUACACGGCGGAGUCCCCUGAAAGAGAGAGAGAAAACCCCCAAACAGAAAACAUUUCCAAUUUUUUGAUUCUUUGGUCCGACGAGCUGCUAAUCAAAUAAUUUUGCAGCCAUUUCUGGAGAAACCGUAAUCGAUUUUUUCAUAGAGCAAAAGAUUCUCCGCGUAUAUAGAUAUAUAUAUUGAUCGAUAGAUACAGAUAUAGAGCGAGAAAGAAAAGGAUGUCGCUAACGAGUGUGAAGAUGUCGGAGGAUGUGUGGCUGACGUGUCUGACCCAUGCAUUGUCCACUGAGACUGAAGAGAUCAUGGGUCUUCUUCUCGGUGAUAUUCAGAUUUCGAAAAACGGUCAUGCAACUGCAUUGAUUUGGGGAGCACUUCCUCAACCACGCUCCGACCGACAGAAAGAUAGAGUCGAAACUAAUCCAGAGCAGUUGACCGCUGCAUCAGUUCAUGCAGAGAGAAUGACAGUGGCAACAGGAACUACAACUAGAGUGAUUGGAUGGUAUCACUCGCAUCCUCAUAUUACAGUCCUUCCUUCUCAUGUUGAUGUGCGGACACAGGCAAUGUAUCAGCUAUUGGAUUCUGGCUUUAUCGGGCUGAUAUUUUCCUGUUUCAGCGAAGACGCUCAAAAGGUUGGAAGGAUACAAGUCAUUGCAUUUCAGUCAUUGGACGGAAAGCAAAAUCAAAUGAUGAAAACCGUUGCUCUAACUCCCGUAAUAAAAAGUUCCGUUAUCGAUGUUGAAUCAUCUAUGAGUUCUUCGGAGAAUACCUUAGUUGUGUUUGGCUCGAACAGAGGAGAAAAUAUGGAACAAGACACUGGAGAUUCUUCUAGGGGAACUGCUAUGGUUUCUAAGGGGGCGGGGAAAUCUCCGCAGUUGGGAGGUUAUUUUGCGAACUCUAAUUCCAGAAAUGGAAGUAGUAAUUACAGCUUGAAAAAUGCGAUUCUUGAUUUGGAUCCGAUGGAUACAUCGGAAGGUAUGCAAGAAGCCAUGCAUCUGUCAAAUUUGGAGAUGAGUGGUGCAGAAUAUAUCAGAAAGGAAAUUCCUCUUCAUGUUUUGCCGACACCCUCACUUCUCAGCCUCGAUUCGCCUCUUUCGUCCUUUACAAAUCUUCAACGCGUAUUGUACGAAGAGGAGAAAACUGCAUAUAACCAAGCGUUGGAACAAAAUAUUAGGAAUGGGAAAGUUCAUCCUCUUUCUUUCAUUCAUCACUCAUCGACGUACAAGGCUUCCAUGUGCAAGAUGAUGGAAUAUUGCUUAAAUCCUGCCAUGAGUGCUCUUCAAGAUCGCUUGAGAGAAAAUGAAAUUCAGCUAAAAUUGUUGGCCGAAGAAGCGAACAUUUUGGAAUCGGAGAUUUCUAGAGGGAGCCCGUCAAAUUCAUCUCCUAGGUCUCCAUCUCAAGUGCCUCGAAGCAGUGGUGUUCACAAAGACUUGUACCCUGCUGAUUUGACCAACGUAAAAAAUGUCGGGGGUAGCCGAAGCAGAAGAGGUUCUUAGUCGUGUAUGUAUACAUAUAUGUGUGUGUGUAUGUAUCUCCUGUUUUGGUGGAUCUUGUAGAUUUGAAUGAUGGGUCUCCUCUAUUUUUCUUUUCUUGGUUUGUACUAUUCUAUACUGUAAUCCCUUUUUCUUUUCGGUCUUCUCCUGAAAGAAGCUGAAUGUGGCGAUAGGUAAUCGAGUUUGUAUUUUUUACAUUUUGUGAUCAAGUUUUGAGAAAUUCCGACUGGAAGUGGUGAAUGGGAUAUACUAUGCUGAAAUCGUGUUCUUUUGCGUGCGAUUUUGCUACUCAUUUUUCUUCUUGC